UGACGAGCUUCUCCACCCCGCACCUCUUCCGUCCCCGCUUCUCCCUCGGCUCCCAAGAGAGGCGGACCCGCCUGCCCGCGCGCCCACGUAGACUGGCUGGUCACCCGGGCGGGCCGGCGCGUGCGCACUGGCCUGUCUGCAGCGGGCGGACAAUGGACGCCCCUAGGACCUUAGCGCCCGAGCGGUCCGCCCAAUCGCUUCCUCGGAUAGGAGGGGUUCUUUUGAAGCUGUGGCUGUGUGAACUCUGGGUACUGCUGCCGGAUUCCGGUGUGAACAUGAAACUUCUGCCUCACGAAGAGGAAGUACAUUUUAUCAAUGAAUACGUGAACCUCCACAAUGAGCUCCGGGGCAACGUCUCCCCCGGAGGGUCUAACUUGCGCUUCAUGACUUGGGAUGUAGCUUUGUCACGGACUGCUAGAGCAUGGGGGAAAAAAUGUUUGCGUGAGCAUAAUCCUCAUUUAGAAGAACUAAACAUGGCCCAUCCUAAAUUUAAUGGUAUUGGUGAAAAUAUGUGGAUUGGCCCCGAAAAUGAAUUUACCGCAAGUAUUGCUAUCAGAAGUUGGUAUGAAGAGAAGAAAAGGUACCAUAUUGAAAAUGACAGUUGCUCUAGUGACUGUUCUAAUUAUAAACAGCUUGUUUGGAACACAUCUUACAAAGUUGGUUGUGCUGUUACUAAGUGUGCAAGAGUUGAAAAUAUUAGAUAUGCAGUAGUUUUCAUUUGCAACUAUGCACCAGGAGGAUCUCUGUCGAGAAGGCCUUAUACACCAGGAAUAGUUUGUUCUCAAUGUAGCAGAUAUGACAGAUGCACAGAUUUUCUAUGCAGUAAUGCAGAUCGUGACCAAGCCAUAUAUUACCGAUUUUGGUAUCCAAGAUGGGAAGUUCCCCGGCCAAUUGUGUGUGACCCACUGUGCUUAUUUAUUUUCUUUCUGAGAACACUGUGUUUUUCAGUAUGUGUCAUAACUGUUUUGAUAAUACAGUCUCGGUUUCCAAAUAUAUUAUUGGAGAAAGAGAUGCUAUUUUCCCCCGAAGUAGUUGAAAUAGAGCCGGAAAAGGAAGAGGGGAUAAAGGGAGAGAAGAUGAAAAAGAAGGAAGAGGACAAGGGAAAGGAGAAAGAGGAAGUGAAGGAAGAGGAAGAUAGAGAAAAGGAAGAGGAGGAGGAAGAGGAGGAAGAAGAAGGGGAGGAGGAGGAGGACGAGGAAGGGGAAGGGGAAGAUUUACCUCCUUGAUAGGACAAAAGUAUAAUACCAAAAAAAAAAAAAAAAAAAAAGGUGGGGGAGAAAUAAAACACUAAGCUUUAACAAAACAGGAUAUGUACAAACCACUACUACAAUAGGUUUUAUUUUCUUAUUCAAUUUAAGUUUGAAAAACAUAUACAUAUUUAUAGUACAUAUUAUAAAACAAGCUCUGGGACAUUGAGAACAGAUAAAGAUGUGAUGAUAGAAAUACUAAAAAAGACUUGACUAAUCUAAUUGGUCUUAAGAUUUUACUGUGUUAUCCUUAUAAAGGAAGGAAUUCCUAUUUUCUAAAUAUGUUUCUAUCUCUGUGUUUUAAAUAUUUCUUAAAUAGGUUAAUAAGUUUCUCAAGUAUUAAGAUUAUACAUGUAAUAUGCUUAGGAUUGUUCCAACUCAAGAUAACCAUUCAAUAACUUUUGGUUUUGUUGUUUUCAUCAUUACUAUUAUAGCUAUUUUUGGUAGUGGUGAUGAUGGUGGUGAUAUUGAUCAAUAUGAUCAAGGCACGUGAUAUCAAGGCAUUGAAUAUCAUUGUAUAUAUUUGUACUGUAUGUGUUUGAAAUAGUUUAAGUGAUAGUUGUACAUGCUGUUAGGAGACAAAUUUUUAUUUCUAUUUCAUGCUUACUAUUUCAUCAAAGCCUUGUUGUAAUUCUUUCCAGGCUAUAUAAUUUGUUGCCACCAAAGGCCAAUAAUUGUCAAAAGUUUAAUUAUUUGUGAUUGAGCAACCUGGCUGCUUCCAAAUUUAUGUGGUAAAAUAAAAUAAAAUUUAAAAAGUUAUAUACUUGUAGUUAUUCAAUAUGUACAGUAAAAGUUCACAAAUUGGUGCGGCACCUGGGUGUCUCAGUCGUUUGAGCAUCCAACUUCAACUCAGGUCAUGAUCUCACAGUCUGUGGGUUCAAGCCCCGCAUCGGGCUCUGUGCUGACAGCAUGGAGCCUGGA